AAAGGACCCUCGCAUCACAACGAGGUGGGCGAUGUCACGUCUGGGGACGCUGGGCCGUGGGGAGACAAGCUCCACUGCGUUCAACAAAAAAGCGUCGUCGAGUCCGUCGUCCGCACCGAUCCCGUUGGAGCCGCCUGUGGGACGUGCAUUGUUUAUCAAUGACGUGCUAGCAACAGCAACCGCCAUGGCGAGUCUGGGCAAAGUGUAUGCUGGAAACGACGUGUGCACGUCCAAGUACACGUUGCUGUCGUUCUUGCCCAAGACGCUCCUCGAGCAGUUCCGCCGCGUGGCCAACUUUUACUUUUUGAUUAUUUCGCUGUUGCAGCUCGGGACGCCGUACUCGCCCACCAACAAAUAUUCGACAAUCGUGCCAUUGAUCUUGGUGCUGUUCGCGACGAUGGUGAAAGAAGCGAUCGAAGACAAAGCGAGGCACGACGCCGACCGAGCGGUGAAUCAAUCCAAAACGGAAGUGUUUGACGUGGAUGGUCAAACAUGGAUUGAAAUCUUGUGGAAGGACUUGCGCGUGGGGGAUCUUGUGCGCGUCGUCGAUUCCCAGCCGUUCCCGGCCGACAUGGUCCUGUUGACGUCCAGUUCCAACGACGGGCAGGUCUACGUCGAGACAGCCAACCUGGACGGCGAAACAGACUUGAAGAUUCGAAGCUGCCCCGACUCGAAAGGCAUUGAAAUGGACGCUGGGCUGUUUCCAUUGGAGCUGGUUGGCGAGAUCACGUGCGAGCCCCCGAAUCGGCGCCUGUACACGUUUGCUGGUGCGCUGAAGAUCAAAGAACAUUCGCAGCGCCAGUCGGUCGAGAUCGCCUUGACCAUCAACAACCUCGUCCUGCGCGGGAUGACCCUCGCCAACACGAGUACGAUCGUCGGCGUCGUCGUCGCAGCAGGAAGUGAGACCAAGCUCAUGCUGAACUCGAAGAAGACCCCGUCCAAGUUUUCCCGGUUGGAUGCGAUCGCGAAUCGGUGUAUCAUGUUGAUAUUUUCCGUCCUUUUUAUCGUGUGUUGCGUGUCGACGGGACUCAGCAUGGCCACUGCGCGCCAUAAAGGCCAACUCGCGCGCAUGGUCCACCUCACAAUCUCGAGCGACGACCCAGAAGCGUCCUUCCUGAGCUCCUUCUUGACCUACUUGAUCUUGUACAACAACUUGGUCCCGAUCUCGCUCUACAUCAGUCUGGAAGUAGUCAAGUGGUACCAAGCAAAGAACAUGGAAUCCGACCUCGCCAUGAUGGAUCCGGCCACAGGACGAUCCGCUCAAGCUCGAACGUCCAACUUGAACGAAGACGUUGGCCAGAUCAAGCAUUUGUUCAGUGACAAGACAGGCACGAUCACCCGAAACGAGAUGGUGCUCAAGUACAUUCACGUGAACAACACAGUCUUCGAGAAAACGCCGACGGUCACGCGCCAGACGUCGAUCAAACGAGACUCGUCCCUGCAACGAGAGCACCUUACUGCACUCCACCAAGCGGACCGUCUUCACACGAUGGAGGCUGCAGACAUCGUGAUCGACUAUUUUCCAAAGCUCCAGGCGCUGGGAACAGAGCCAACGAUUUUCCCUGGCUCCGAGCUGAGUUGUGUGAACGAUGGAACCAACUCCAUGAGUGCGGGCGAAGUCGUGCAGUAUUUUAUGCGAUGUAUGCUGCUGUGCCACACAGCCAGCAUAUCAUCUGAUACACGCGAGAUCCGCGCGUCGUCGCCAGACGAGACCGCGCUACUUCGCGCUGCCAAGCUGCUUAAUUGCGACUUUCUCGGGCGCUCCGAAAACAUCAUUGAAAUUAGCCUGUUUGGCGUGCGGGAAAAGUACGAGCUGUUGGCACUCAAUGAAUUCGACAGCACCCGCAAGAGCAUGUCGAUCAUCGUUCGGACCCAAAAAGUCGACAGAUCGGAUGAAGAUGAACUGUGGGUGUUUUGCAAGGGGGCUGACAGCACCCUACUGUCCGCGACCAACAAUUACUACAUGCACGAAAGAACGGAAUACUUGAGCCGGCACGUGCAGUACUUUGCGUCGCUCGGGCUCCGGACGCUGGUCUUUGGGUACAAGCGGCUGUCGUUUGUCGAGUUUUCGACGUGGUUUGUCGCGUAUUGCAAAGCGAAAACGUCGCUCGUGCGACGCGGGGCCAAACUGACCGAGUGUGCGCGAUCGAUGGAGACCAACUUGAUCAUUCUCGGCGCCACGGGGGUCGAAGAUCAGCUACAAGACGGCGUCACAGAGUGCAUCGAAGCGCUGAGCGAGGCUGGGAUCAAUAUUUGGAUGCUGACGGGCGACAAGGACGAAACUGCAGUCUCCGUCGGUACUGCGUGUGGGCUCAUCUCGGAGCAUUCGCAUCUCGUCGUGAUCAACGAAACCACGAAACGAGGGUGCUUGGAACAAAUUGCGACGGCGCGGCGGAAGCUCAAGAAAAUUGGACUGUGGCGACCGGGCGUGGCGUCGAGAGAAGUGUCGUUAGUUAUCAAUGGGGAAGCCCUCGAAAGCCUCCUGUCGACGGAAGACCCAACGUCAACGUCGAUGUCGAGAGUGAGCAAUACGAUCCCCUCGUCCAACCACGACAAAACCGCAUCCAGCGCCAAACCGUCCAGCAGCACGUCGGCACAACUCUUCAGUGGGGAUGCUUCGCGCACCCGCCUCGACAAACGAACGCAUUUGGGCCCAGCCGAGUAUAUUAGAAUGGAAACACGCCCCAACCACGCAUCGCUGCUGCGUCAUAGCAGGACCUUGGGUGGUGUCGGCGCUGGCGCGCCGCUGUCUCAACGAAAGCAAAGCCACGAACAUAUUCGGCAGACUCCACUCGACCCGUCACAGCAGCUACCCACGAGGAAUUCAAGUUUCGUCGCGUUGGGAAGUGCAGGUCGAGCCCCGGAGAUGUCGAAAACAAAACUCGUGCUGCGGCGUGAGCCGAACGACAUGCAAUCGUCCGAGGUGGGGUCCGAGAGCUCGAGUCCGUGCGACAGCAAUCAAUCGAGCUCCAAUGUCAUGUCGUUCUGGAGAUCCUUGCUCGUCAAUUCGUCGGGCAUGCUCCCUCGACACAAGCUGGCAUCUGCAUUUCCAUCCGCCGAGCACAUGGUUGCCCCGUCAAAGUCUGGGGACACCAUCAUUGGAACGGUAUCGUUGACAGCAUUGCGUCCUCCUCCGAAGAAGUCGAUUCGAGGUUCGACCGUUGUCGCUCCAAACGUGCUCGGAUCCAUGUCGGACCUGUCAGCGUCGCCGUCGUUGCUGCAACUGGCCCGACUGAACAUGGAACGAAGUCGAGAUUCGCCCGGAUCCGUGGUGGCGUGGAUGGAAUGCCGCGUCAUCGCAGCCGGCCAGUUUGCCAAGCGACUGCUGUCGACAGGGAGCUUAGCACCGUCCCCUCCGUCGCCGACGACGUCCGCUGGAAGCGUUAGCAACCAAGGCAAAACCAACAUGAGUUCGCUCGCCCGAGUCGUAUCGAAUGUGUCGUCCAAGUUGAUCACGUCGGUCAUCUCCAGCGUCAAAUCUGCGCGAGUUCGUCGAAGCAAUGACGAAGACGACGACUCGUCCCUUGUCCGCCUGCACGCGAUCGAUUCCGACCUGUCCGUCAUGAUGUUCUUGCAACUCGUCACACAAUGCCGAUCAGUCAUUGCGUGUCGGAUGUCGCCGAUUCAAAAGGCGCAAAUCGUUGCAUUGAUCAAAUCGAGCAAACGCCGACCGAUGACGAUGGCGGUCGGCGACGGUGGGAACGAUGUGAGUAUGAUCCAAGAAGCAAACAUCGGCGUCGGCAUUUUUGGCCAUGAAGGCAUGCAGGCCGUGCGCAGUGCGGACUUUGCGAUCGGUCAAUUUCGGUUCUUGUCGCGGCUGAUUCUUGUCCAUGGGCGGUGGAACUACCGACGUGUGUCGAUUGUGAUUUUGUUUUCGUUUUACAAAAACAUGGCGCUGAUCAUGACGCUGUUUGCGUACUCGUUUCUGAACGGCCAUUCCGGGCAAACGCUGUACGAGUCGUACCUCAUGGUGGGCUGGAACGCCUUGUACACGUUUUUUCCGAUCUUGGUCCUUGGCAUCAAGGACGAAGACAUCAGCGCCGAAGCUGUCAUGCGAUUCCCGUUCAUUUACCGCACCAACCAACUCGACAAGGAGCUCAACAUUGAAAAGAUGCGGCUGUGGGUCGGCAAUGCGCUGCUCCACUCGUUCUUGGUCUUUGUUCUCACCACGUUUCUCGUGUACAAAUUGGGCACGCACUCAAUCCCGACGGCCGGCGUGUUUGUGUACGGCACGGCCGUGUAUGGGAUAUUGGUCGUCACAGUGUGCGCGAAAGCUGCCAUGAUCAUGCAGCACGUGCACCGAUGGUCGAAGUGGCACUACCUGUCGAUCGUGUCGGGGCCAGCGCUGUUUGUGAUCUUCGUGGCGUCCUAUUCCGAGGCGUUCGAGUUGGUGCACGUCGAUGCAUUCAGCGACUUUUUCGGGCUCGGCCGGGUCCUGUUUACGUCGGUCGCGUUUUGGCUAGGGGUGCUGGUCGUAUCUUUCUCUUCGCUCCUUCUCGACUUUGUCGUGAUGUACCUCUAUCGGAUGUACCUGCCCACGAACCAAGUGAUCAUUGAAGAAAUCGACUGCCGCCUCGAACGUCGCGUCACGGCUAGUAUGCGCAUGCGAUCGUCGAGCUCGUUGGCCACGUCGCUCCUGUUCCACGGGAACUGGCACAAGCAGCUUCGAAAGAGCACCCACUUCACCGAACACGAGGAAAUGUGCUGGCUGCUCGCCAAGUUUGAGCGGGACAUUUCCCGCGAGACGAACGAAAGCCAGCAGAACGACGACAAGGACAUGGGGUUCAUUGUGACGUCGACGCCGCCGAUCCAUCCUAUCACGAUGGAAUUCAUGGGCGAAGAUUACGAGCCGCUCGAAGCGGAGUACAACAGGAGCUUUGCCGAGCGAGAAGCGCGCCGGAUUCGUGUGCUCGUCAUUCUCGUCCUCGUGUUUAUUCCUCCAUACGCAGUCACGGAGUACGUGUACGAGCAAGACACAGACUUGUACCCAUACCGCAUCGCCAUGUUUUGCUGCACUCUCGGCUACCUCUUUUACAUCAAGUCGGAAAAGUUUUUGUCGACGUAUCACGUGUCGGUGUCGAUUCCGCUGGGGCUGGCCGGCCUCGUGGUGAAUCAAUCCAUCAAGUACACGGGCAAGUUUUCCACGACGAUGUUUGCCAUCGUCGCGUUCAGCAUCAUCCGAGUCAAGUUUGUGUACACGCUGUGGCUCGUGCUGUUCAACGUGGCGUAUUUUAUCCUGUCGAACGAGAUGGGACUCACCAGCAUUGAGCUUUCGAGCGAAUCGAGCGACGACGAAGGAGUGCUGUUCGCGAUCUUCAUGGUGUAUUUGGUCGUGUUUGCUGCAUACGACAACUACCAGCUUCAGAUGACGAUGAAGCUCGAGUUUGUGCAGCUGCGCAUUCUCAAAUAUGAAGAGCACCGCAGUCGCGACAUCUUGAAGAACAUGCUGCCUAGCCACAUCGUGAAAAAGCUCGAGAACGGUGAGACGCUCGUGUCGGACGAAGAAAAAGGCGUGGCUUUGUUGUUCUGUGACGUUGGCGAUGCUGCCAGCCUCACCAAGCGGUACAAUCCCCGAGAGAUGGUCGUGCUGCUCGAUCGGAUUUACUCGCUCUUUGACAAAUUGUGCGCAAAGCAUGGCGUGCGCAAGAUGGAAACUGUGGGCAAAAUUUACUUGGCGUGCGGUGGACUUCGUGGUAGCGCCAAAGGGAAGGAAGCCGUGCUUCGUGUCGCCGCUCUCGCUCGUGACAUGAUGGCGGUGAUGGCGAAAUGCCGGACGCGAAAUGGCCACACGAUCAAUUUGAAAAUUGGAAUCCACUGUGGCCGUGUUAUAAGCGGGCUGGUCGGGAUGAAGAAGCAACAGUUUUCUCUCUUUGGAGACACCGUCAACACGGCGUCACGAAUGCAAAGCACGGGCUUGCUUGGGCAUAUCCAAAUCUCCCAUGAGGCGCACGAGUUUCUCGAGCAUGACUUUCAAUUCGACCAUCGCACUGUGGUGGCCAAAGGCAAAGGAACGCUGGCGACGCACUUGAUGGGGAAGCCGCGGACAGCCCUAGCGCAGCGUGCUUGUCGAGGUCACCUUGGCCGGAAAGCCACCAAAAAGGCCAUAGACACUCGGCGCCUGAGUCUCACGCAGGAAUUCCAGCGAACACUGAUCGAAACCUGGGGCCACCUCGUUGUGAGCAGGUGGAACUGGCGGUCGUGGGCCUGCUUCCAAUCAAUCAAAGUCGACGUGAAGCCCAUCUCAUCCCUUCAGUCCGUUCAAGAAGAAUACGUCACCACCCAAAUCAACCAGAGCUACAUCCGCUUCAAUGACCCCGCGCAGGAGAUGAUGUAUCGCCGCAUGAACUGGCCCGAGCACCAAACCGGGGCGAAACGAACGUUGGUCGCGAUUGCAAUCUACAUGAUCUUUGCCACCAUCCGCGACAACAUUCAACCGAACGAAUUCACUGGCUCGCGCGAGUACGCCAAGUACAAAUUCCCUUUCGUACCUCAAGUGCUACGACAUCGGUGGAAACCCGUCGCAAAGACAGCCCCUCAAAAGACACACAACUCGAACAAGAAAGCGCCGAAGUUCCAACUCUACUUGAGCGUAUACGUCGUAGCGACCGUCAUCUUGGUCGUGCCAAACGUAAUUCGGUGGAUCGACCAUCAACAGAGCAAAAUUUAUUCGCACAUGGGGUUGGACAUCCUCCUCGUCAUGUUCUUGGCGUCCACGGGCGGGUCCAUCAUGUACACACAUACCGUCGUGAUCAAUGCGGUGCUCGUCCUUGGGGCAACCAUUCUAUUUGUGGUGCUCCUGGGCGUGUACGAAGUCCCUGACCAACCCGACGGCGAAAAGCUACGGGUGUAUCCGCUCUUCUUAACCUGCUGCGUUGGGAUAUCAAACGUCAUGUCACGGCGAGAUGUCGAGUACUAUUCCAGGCGGCGAUUUCUGCUGUACACGCGCACGGGGAAAGAAGCAAAAAAAGCCGAUCGGUUGUUGUACAAGAUGCUGCCGAGUUCUGUCAUUGCCCAGCUGAAAAACGGAGACACAGUGUGCGAUCAAUUCCACGAGGUCGGCAUCUUGUUUUCUGACAUCAAGGGCUUCACUUCGAUCGCGUCGAAAGCAGAAACCGACCAAGUCGUGCAAAUCCUCGCGACGCUCUUUACUGCGUUCGACAAACUCACGUCCGAACAUGGGGUGUUCAAAAUGCAAACGAUCGGUGACGCCUACGUCAUUGUGUCUGGCCUCCCGUACAACGAUGUGCCGUUGCCCGAAGAAAAUGUGAAUGAAAUGCUAUGUGGUUCCUCGUUCCAUGGCCACUUGCGUCAAAGCCAAACGGAAACGCAGCGCUCGACGGUGGAAAAUACUACAAGCAGUUGGUCGACGAACAUGCGAACACCGAAAGAUCCGGCGGCGACGCGAGAACAUAUUCAAAAGUUGAUCCACAUGGCCCACGACAUGCAUCGCGAGGUGGCCAAGAUCACGGACCCGGUCAGUGGCGAACCUCUCUUGAUGCGUAUUGGCAUCCACGUUGGGACGAUUAUUGCUGGCGUGAUCGGUACGUCGACGUUGCGGUACGACAUGUGGGGGCCCGACGUGCUCACUGCCAACGAAAUCGAGUCCCACGGAGUGCCCGGCAAGAUUCUCGUCUCCAAAGAUGUCAUGCAAGUGGCAAGCCAGUGCCCCGACAUCAAGUUGACGUAUCACUCGACGAUCAACUUAACCGGGAUCAACGAUCUGGACACGUUCCUUGCCGAGUACACGGGCGGGUCGUUCUCUUCAGCGGACAGAGGCUUAGACAAUUCGACCAAGGUGCUGAGUCCGUCGUUGCCACCGCGAGAGACCGACUCGCCGUCGACGAUUUGA